CUUUUCUCCAUGUUUUCCUGCAGGAGGUCUCCAUUGCCGAUUGCAUAAAUUGCAAGGUCUUCCUCUGUACUUCUCACCGCAAUCACUCAAUCACCUCUCUCAAUCCAAUUGCAAUUGCAGUACACAACAGACUCCACCCACCGGUUAACUGUCUAUUCCACCACAACAUCCACAAUGGUUACUACUCUGACCGUCCCCGACAACUACGGCGCCGUCAUUGCCGUGGCUCUGGGUGCCAUUCCCGUCAUGGGCUUUGUUCAUGGCAACGUGGUCACCAGUCUCCGGAAACACGCCAAGGUGCCGUAUCCGCACAACUACGCGACCGUGGAGCAAUGCAAGGAGAAUCCCAAAGCCGAACAGUUCAACUGCGCUCAACGCGCCCACUCUAAUUUCCUGGAGAACGCCACCCAAGCCAUGUUCUUCACGCUCGCCGCCGGCCUGAAAUACCCGCAGCUGGCGACGGGCCUCGGCGCCGCCUGGACCUUCUUCCGCGCGCUCUUCCUCUACGGCUAUGUGUACUCGGGCAAGCCGCAGGGCAAGGGACGCUACAUCGGGUCGUGGUUCUGGCCUGUGCAAGGUAUUCUUUGGGGAUUGACUGUUUUUGGAGUGGCGAAGGAUUUGAUUUCUUGGUAGAUACUACCUAGGUUUGAUUCAGUUUUUGAUUGUAUAUUAUGCCAAGGGUACGGCGGGUGGCUGCAAGUUGUGUCAGUUUGGUUUAAAAUGAUCGUUCAAAUUGGGGUUGGUUGAUUUUUGAUACUUGAGCUGUUCAUAUAUAGAGAGCCAGUCUAUAUUCUGU